GGUGUGGAUGAUAACGGCCCUUUGUGUCACCAGUGGGGGGGGCGAGCAAGGGCUCAGCCCCGCCGCGGGGGGGGGGAAGCCACUCUCCGUCCGUGGGCGAUGCUGGCGGUGCUGGCCCCGCUCCUGGCCCCGCUCCUGGCCCCGCUCCUGGCCCUGCUCCCGGGCGCGGUGACGGCCCCGGCCCCGCUGACCCUCGCCGUGGUGCUGCCCCAGCACAACCUCACCUACCCGUGGGCUUGGCCGCGCGUGGGACCCGCCGUGCGCUUGGCCGCGGCCGCCGUGAAUUCCCGGCGGGAUCUGCUGCCCGGCUUCACCCUGGGCUGGGUGUUCGGCGACAGCGAGGAUCGCCACGGGGUCUGCUCGGAAAUGGCCGCGCCGCUGGUGGCCGUGGACCUGCGGCUCGCCCAUCACCCCGCCGCGUUUUUGGGGCCGGGGUGCGUCUACUCGGCGGCGCCGGUGGCCCGGUUCACCAGCCACUGGCAGCUGCCGCUGGUCACGGCGGGGGCCGAAGCCCACGGCUUCGACGACAAGAGCGAGGAGUUCGGCUUGACCACCCGCGCCGGCCCCAGCCACCGCAAACUGGGCGAGCUGGGCGUGCAGCUGCACCGGCGCUUCAACUGGACGCGGCGGGCGCUGCUGGUGUACUGGGACGAGCGGGUGGACGACCGGCCCUAUUAUUUCGCCGCCGAGGGCUUGUACGUGCAGCUGCCCGCCCUGCGCAACCUCACGGUCAUGGACGUGGUGUUCCGCGACGGCGGCAACUUCUCCUUCAUCAUCCAGGAGAUCAAGACGAAGGGGCGCGUUGUGUACGUGUGCUGCGCCCCGGACACGCUGCGGGAGCUGAUGCUGCAGGCGGAGCGCGAGGGGCUCACGGGCGGCGACUUCGCCUUUUUCUACAUCGACACGCUGGGGGCCAGCCUGCAGGGCCAGCGCUUCCCCGAGCCCCGGCGGCCCUGGCUCCGCGGGGACCCGCACGACGCCCGCGCCCGCCGCGCCUUCCAGGCUGUCACCAUCAUCACCUACAAGGAGCCCGAGAACCCCGAGUACCGGCCCUUCCUGGAGCGGCUCAAGGAGGAGGCGCGGGACCACUUCAACUUCUCCAUGAAGGACGGCUUGAUGAAUUUCAUCGCCGCCGCCUUCCACGACGCCGUCCUGCUCUACGCCCAGGCCCUCAACGAGACCCUGGAGCGCGGCGGCUCCGUCAGCGACGCCUCGGCCAUCACCCGCCAGAUGUGGAACCGCACCUUCUACGGUGUCACCGGCUUCCUCAAGAUCGACGAGCAGGGGGACCGGGAGAGCGACUACUCCCUGUGGGACAUGGAUCCCGAGCACGGCAACUUCCAGAUCGUGGCCAACUACAACGGCACCACCAAGAAGAUCCAGAUGGUUCCGGGCCGAGAGAUCCACUGGCCGGGGAACGCGGUCCCGUCCGAUGUCCCCCCCUGUGGCUUCGAGGGCACCGACCCCAAGUGCCGCAAAGCCUCGCUGUCCACGCUGGAGAUCCUGUCCCUCGUGGUCAGCCUGAUCCUCAUGGCCAUCACCGCCACCUCCUCCCCGCUCGGGGUGGCGGGACGGGAGGAUCGGGGUGCCCGGGCUCACCCCACACCCCUCGCACAGAGGGGCUCCAAUUACGGCUCGCUGAUGACCACGGAGGGGCAGUUCCAGGUGUACGCCAAGACCGCCUAUUACAAGGGUAACCUGGUGGCCGUGAAGAGCGUGAACCGCAAACGCAUCGAGCUGACGCGCAAGGUCCUGUUCGAGCUGAAACACAUGCGGGAUGUCCAAAACGAGCACCUGACCCGGUUCGUGGGCGCCUGCACCGACCCGCCCAACAUCUGCAUCCUGACCGAGUACUGCCCGCGCGGGAGCCUCCAGGACAUCCUGGAGAACGAGAGCAUCACGCUGGACUGGGUGUUCCGCUACUCCCUCACCAACGACAUCGUCAAGGGGAUGCAGUUCCUGCACAACGGGGUCAUCGUCUCCCACGGGAACCUCAAGUCCUCCAACUGCGUGGUGGACUCGCGCUUCGUGCUGAAGAUCACGGACUACGGGCUGGAGAGCUUCCGCACGGCCCCCGACGGCGACGACGCCCACGUGCUCUUCGCCAAGAAGCUGUGGACGGCGCCGGAGCUGCUGCGCAUGGAGGAGCCGCCGGCGCGGGGGACGCAGAAAGGCGACGUCUACAGCUUCGGCAUCAUCCUGCAGGAGAUCGCCCUGCGCAGCGGCGUCUUCUACGUGGAGGGGAUGGAGCUCAGCCCCAAAGAGAUCAUCGAGCGGGUGAAGAGCGGGGAGCGGCCCAGCUUCCGGCCCUCGGCCAACGUCGGCUGUCACCUGGAGGAGCUGGGGCAGCUGAUGCAGCACUGCUGGGCCGAGGACGUCCUGGAGCGCCCCGACUUCAACCAGAUCAAGGUCCAGCUCCGCAAGUUCAACAGGGAGAGCAGCACCAACAUCCUGGACAAUCUCCUGUCGCGCAUGGAGCAAUACGCCAACAACCUGGAGGAGCUGGUGGAGGAGCGCACGCAGGCGUACCUGGAGGAGAAGCGCAAGGCCGAGGCUCUGCUCUACCAGAUCCUGCCCCACUCGGUGGCGGAGCAGCUCAAGCGGGGGGAGACGGUGCAGGCGGAGGCGUUCGACAGCGUCACCAUCUACUUCAGCGACAUCGUGGGCUUCACGGCGCUGUCGGCGCAGAGCACGCCCAUGCAGGUGGUGACGCUGCUCAACGACCUCUACACCUGCUUCGACGCCAUCAUCGACAACUUCGACGUCUACAAGGUGAGGGCGACGCUCGGGGACCGGGGACGGAGGUGUCCCCAUGGGAAUCACGGAAUUCCAGGGUCGAGAAACGCCAGGAGCAGCGAGUCACAGAAUCCCAAAAUCCCAGUUCCAGCUCCCUGGGAUUUGGAUAUCCCAGAAUCCCAAAAUUCCGGUUCCAGCUCCCUG